AUGGCGUCCGACUCGGUACUCACAGAGUACCCCACUCUAUUUCGCUCCGAUGCGAUGAGCCUGGUGCAGCUGUUCGUUCCGACGGAGGUUGCCCAUGACACCGUCUCUGAACUCGGAGAACUCGGAAAUGUCCAAUUCAAGGAUUUGAAUCCGAACGUGAACCCGUUCCAACGUUCAUUUAUUGGCGAGAUUCGCCGCAUUGACGAGAUGGCGCGCCGAGUCCGGUUCUUCUCUACGCAAAUCGAGAAGGAGAAAGACGCUAUUGCCGUACGGCCUCUAUACGACUCUGCGCCGCUCAUCACUGUCGGCCCACGUGCGGCACAGACAAUGGACGAGCUGGACGUGACGUUGACCGAGCACGAGUCGCGCCUGACACAGAUGAACGAGAGCUACGAGCUACUCAGCUCGCGGCUGAAGGAGCUUAUUGAAGCGCGUCAUGUCCUGCGAGAGACAGCUGUGUUCUUUGAGAGGGCUGAGGGACACCAGGGCGAGAUGCGCAGCUCGUUCGACGAGAGCAGCGCUCCUUUACUGCAGCACGAUGACCGCGAGAACAACUUCUCGUCCGCCACAGUACAGAUGGACCUCGAAUUCGUGGCCGGUACCAUCGACCGCGCACGUCUCUCCACAUUCGAGCGUGUUCUCUGGCGUGUUCUCCGUGGCAACCUGUACAUGAAUCACACGGACAUCACCGAGCCGUUUGUCGACGCAGCUACGGGCGCUACAACGUACAAGAAUGUCUUCAUCAUCUUCGCCCACGGUGACACUCUUCUCGCCAAGAUCCGCAAGGUCGCAGAGUCCAUGGGCGCUACGCUCUACCCUAUCGACGCCAACGCGGACAAGCGCGUCGAGUCCUUGCGCGAGGUCAACGGCCGCAUUGAGGACCUCGAAAUGGUCCUGUACAACACCGGCUCCACGCGCCGCACUGAGCUCGUCAAGAUCGGCGAGAGUGUACGCAGCUGGGAAGACGUUGUGCGCAAGGAGAAGCUGGUCUAUGAGACGCUCAAUCUCUUCAACUACGACAACCGCCGCAAGACGCUGAUCGCCGAGGGAUGGUGUCCGACUCGCGAUAUCGCCCGCAUUCAGACCGCGCUUCGUCACGCCACCGAGCAGUCUGGAACUUCUAUUCCUCCCAUUCUGCACGAGCUGCGCACGCACAAGACGCCGCCGACGUUCCAGCGCACCAACAAAUUCACCGAGGGCUUCCAGGCCAUCAUGGACGCCUACGGUGUUGCUGCGUACCAGGAGGUCAACCCGGGCAUGUUUGCCGUCAUCACAUUCCCUUUCUUGUUCGCCGUCAUGUUCGGAGAUAUCGGCCACGGUUCCAUCAUUGCUCUAGUGGCGCUCUACUUGAUCCUCAACGAGCGCAAGCUUGAGCGCCUGGACCUCGGCGAGAUCUUUGGCACUUUCUACUUCGGUCGUUACAUUAUCUUCCUCAUGGGCUUGUUCUCCAUCUACACCGGAUUCAUCUACAACGAUAUCUUCUCGAAGACGCUGCACCUCUUCCACUCCGGCUGGGAGAUGCCCUCGCACGAGAACGCAACCAUCGUGGACCUCGUCAACACCGGCCAUGUAUACCCCUUCGGUCUUGACCCUGGCUGGCACGGCGCGGACAAUGCUCUCAUCUUCACCAACUCGUACAAGAUGAAGAUGUCCAUCGUUCUCGGUGUCAUCCACAUGACUUUCGCACUCUGCCUCCAGAUCCCGAACCAUAUACGCUUCAACCGCAAGUCUGACCUCUGGACGUCCUUCCUCCCGCAAUUUCUCUUCCUCGAAUCCAUCUUCGGCUACCUCGCCCUUUGCAUCCUCUACAAGUGGUCCGUUGACUGGUCAUCCGCCGGCCAAUCGCCUCCCUCGCUCCUGAACAUGCUCAUCGCGAUGUUCCUUUCGCCCGGAACCGUCACGGAGGACAUCCACCUGUACUCGGGACAGAGCUUCGUGCAAGUCGUGCUGCUGCUGUUGGCGCUGGUUUGCGUGCCGUGGAUGCUAGCCUUGAAGCCGUAUUUGGAGUAUCAACAUAUGAAGAAGACGGCGGCCCAGGGCUACCAGCAGGUCGGCGACAACGAGGGUGGGAAUGGAUUCCCGCGGGAUGAGGAUCUUGUUGAUGGCGAGGAGGGCAACGGUCAGGCCCAUGCUGAGGAUGACGAGGAACACGAGGAACACGACUUCAGCGAGGUGGUCAUCCACCAGGUCAUCCACACCAUCGAGUUCUGUCUCGGCUGUAUCUCCCACACGGCCUCAUAUCUCCGUCUCUGGGCGCUCUCGCUCGCGCACGCGCAGCUGUCCGAGGUGCUUUGGGACAUGACGAUCGCUGUCGUCGAGGAUAUGACAGGCGUUGUCGGAAUCAUCAUUCGUGUCCUCGUCGGCGCGGCGUGGUUUGGGUUGACGUUGGGCAUUCUGUGCUUGAUGGAGGGUCUGUCCGCGUUCUUGCACGCUCUUCGUCUACACUGGGUCGAGGCGAACAGCAAGCAUUACGAGUCGGGCGGCACGCAAUUUGCGCCGCUCAGCUUCGCUACCGCUGCGAACGAGUAA